CUGAGACUAUAUAGAGGCCGCCCUCCUCGUGCCCAUCUUCCCACUCAUCGCAAUCACCUCUAGUGACCGAGUUUGCAGUUUUGCUAAGGGUGAUGGGGACCGAGCAAGCGAAGGAAGGAAGGGGAGCGGGGGAGGAGCGCGUGGUGGUGCGCACGGGGCCGAGGCCGGCGCUGCCGGCGCCGCAGCAGCGGGCGGUGGACCAGUUCUGGAGGGAGCGGCAGGAGGAGAUGGAGGCGACGGUGGACUUCAACGACCGCAUACUGCCCAUGUCCCGCCUCAAGAGGCUCAUCCGCGCCGAGGAGGACGGCAUGAUGAUCGCUGCCGACACGCCGGCGUACCUGGCCAAGCUCUGCGAGCUCUUCGUGCAGGAGCUCGCCCUGCGCGCCUGGGCGUGCGCCCAGUCCCACCACCGCCGCAUCAUACUGGAAUCGGACAUCGCCGAGGCCAUCGCCUUCACCGAGUCGUACGACUUCCUCGCCACCGUGCUCCUCGAGCACCAACGGGAGGCGCGGCUGGUCGGCCGUGCUGCUACGCCGACAACACCCGUGGUGACGGCGGCGAGGGCGAGGCUCAUCACCAGGAAGCGCCACAUGCCGGACCCGAAUCCUCGGCGGCCGGUGCAUGGGGUGCGGAGAAUUCGUCCCCGUGCGCUUCCUGUCACGCCUACUUCGCCGCCGCCGGACGUUCGCUACGUGCCGGUUCCGUUUCCGUUCCCUUCGGCGCCGAUCGGAGCCACAGCGACGGCGGAGGGGCUGAUGAUUAUCCCACCCAUCAACGCCGCGACUACGGGUCGCGCGUUCUUCCUGGACAUGAACAGCGGCACUAGCUUCGCAGGUGAAAACUGUGCUGCUGAAACUAUGGCAUCUCCUCCUCCGGCAGGGCCUGCAGGAGCAGUGGCGCUGCCCAGUGUCCAUCCUGCCGCUUACUACCUGUGCGCUUACCCGGUGAACAACGACGUUGAGGCCUUCGCCGUUGGCAACACUGAUCCUGAUGUCAUCCCACCGGAGAUUGUAGUGGGAGACGUCGCCAUUCCACCGGAGAUUAUAGAGGGAAACGUCGCCGAUGGCAACGGCGACGGCGGACAGCAGCAGCAGCAGAGCGAAAACCUUGGUGGUAAUGGUGAGAAUGUGGUGGUGCCGCAAAGCAAUGAUGUGCAGGAAGAUGGUGCAGAUGGGAUGUUCCUGGAGGAGAUCCUCAUGGAUGAAGACCUGAUGUUUCCCGACGCCGAGCUUUUUCCGUUGGUGGGCGCUGCACCUGAUCCGGAGGAUUUCAUCGUCGACCAAGAUGUUCUCGACGACGUCUUCGCCAACCCGAGCAGCAGCGCAAGCAGCGACUGAACCGAAAGAAGAUCAGAGCGGGACGCAGCAUCAGUUAAUUCAUCUAUCGUCUCUCGACCUGCUACUCUAUGCUAGCCGCUAUAUCGGUUAAUAAAUUUGGGAAUAAGUUUGUGUUGUGCGUGUGACCUGGACUGUAUGGUUCGCCCUGAAUUUAUCGUAUUGCAAUAUAUA